AUGUUGGACAAACCUGUUAUCACAACUUUAAGCAAUCCUAAAAUUGGAGAGUUGAAGAAGCAGUUUCCACAUUUAAGGGGACCAUGUUUCGACAACGAAGAUGAGCGUGAGCAACUGAUUCAUCUGAUCCGUGGAGGCGGUGACUUAUCGCGGAUCAAGACGUCUACAUGCCGAGUCGGAGAUGUCAAUCAACCUGUUGCAGAGAAGACAACUUUUGGUUCGACGGUGAUGGGUCCUGGAAAGAAUGAGUCACGCAUUAGUUAUUUCGCCAAACCAUUACAAGAAGAUUAUGAGAAGCUCUGCAACUUGGAUGUGCUGGGGUUACAAGAUCACCUUAUGGGAGACCAGAAUAUGGUGCAUGAAAAAUUUAAAGAGUCGUUGCAAAGGAACCCGGAUGGAAGUUAUAUCACCUGUCUGCCAUGGAAACCAGUGCACCUACCACUGAAAGAUAAUACAACUAGUGCCAAAGCUCGUUUGGGAAGAUUACUUAAGAAGUUGGAGGGAGACCCGGACUCUUUGCGGCAAUACCACAACAUUAUUCAAGAUUAA